AGGUGUUGUUUUCUUUUGUUCAUUCUCUCAUCUUCCCGCGGCCGCUCUGCACUCUCUUUCCCCGCCGCAGUGUGCGUUAUUCUUCGCAGUAACCUUCGGCAGUUCUAUUGAGUGACGAUUUGGUGGUGUAGUGAAAAUGCUUCGUAGAAACAUCCGUUUGAGGAGAGAGUAUUUGUACCGAAAGAGCUUAGAAGGCCAUAAGCGCUUGCACUACGAGAAGAAGCGACAGAUCAAAGAAGCUCUUCAAGAAGGGAAAUCCAUACCCACUGAGCUCAGGAACGAGGAAGCGGCACUUCGUCGUGAAAUCGAUCUCGAGGAUGAAUACACAGCUGUUCCAAGGACACACAUUGAUGAUGAGUAUGCUAAUGCUGCGGAGAAAGAUCCAAAAAUUUUGCUGACCACAUCACGUGAUCCAAGUGCUCCUCUUCAACAGUUUGUAAAGGAGUUGAGUAUUGUCUUUCCUAAUGCACAAAGAAUGAAUCGCGGUGGUCAGGUUAUCUCAGAGAUUAUAGAGUCUUGUCGUGCACAUGACUACACAGAUGUUGUUUUAGUUCAUGAACAUCGUGGUGUCCCUGAUGGUUUAAUUGUUUGUCAUCUACCAUUUGGUCCAACUGCAUAUUUUGGAUUACUCAACGUGGUUACAAGGCAUGAAAUUAAAGACAAGAGAGCCAUUGGAACAAUGCCUGAGGCUUAUCCGCAUCUAAUUCUUGAUAAUUUCUCAACUAAGUUAGGUGAAAGGACAGCAAACAUUCUAAAGCAUCUUUUUCCGGUGCCAAAACCAGACACAAAACGUAUUGUCACUUUUUCCAACCAGUCCGACUAUAUCUCAUUCAGGCAUCAUAUUUUUGAAAAGCCAGGCGGCCCCAAAUCUGUAGAACUGAAGGAAAUUGGUCCACGGUUUGAGUUGCGACUUUAUCAGAUAAAGUUGGGAACGGUGGAUCAAACUGAAGCUCAAAUAGAAUGGGUGAUUAGACCUUACAUGAACACAAGUAGAAAGAGGAAAUUUCUCGGUAAUUAAUGCAGGCAUAAAAAUGUUUUAUUUGGUAUUUAUGCAGCUAAACUAUUGUUAUUAUACAAUUUGAGCUCGCAUUUUACUGAUUGUAUUUUAAGCAUUGUCUACUUGACUAGGUUGAUUAACAAAAGCUAAAAAAUUUGAAAUGAAAAUUAUUUAACACUUGACUCAAAAUUAUGAGAAAAACGGAAAUGUACUUGCUUACUUUUGGAUGAUUUUUUUUAUAAUUUAAUUUUUAAACUUAUGUGUUG